CAGAAGAGGCUCAGGAGCUCUUGUAUUCAACAGGCAAAGACUUGGAUGCUUUUACGCCCUUCCCUAGACUGCCAAUCGAGAUUCGACUUAUGAUCAUGCGUCUGUCCUUCCCACGAACUCGCAAGGUCAUCCUCAACGCAGGUUUCAGGCACCUCCCACUUGAUUCGUUCGGUGUAGAGCGUCGUCGAUACUCCCCACGUCUCCUACCUGCCCUCCAUAUCAAUUCCGAGAGCCGUCGAGAGGUAUUAGAGAGAUACUCGGUUGUUACAAAAGCAGACUUCGAGAAGUGGCACCUGACCUCCUUCGGCCCGCUGUUUUUUGACCAGGCGACAGACACAUUUCAACUUCAAAGUCGUGGGAAGAGUUUUCCAACAUUUGCUUCUGUCAAAGUGGUGGAAUCGAUGUUUCCAGAAAAACUAGCGCAAAUCAAAAGGAUCGAGCUCCUCUUUGACUAUCCUCAGGUUACCUCGUGGAGACAUUUCCUGAGAGAUUCGAUAUCGAGCCCACUGAGAAGUGACCAUCAAGGAGAUGUUGAAGGGAAAGAGCAGUGGAUCCCAUUUGAGGGUCUUUUGCACUUGAGCGGCCUUGAGCGUGUAGUCUUCUCUAUCUUCAUAUCCCGCUGGGAUGCGUUCGGCCACAAUGUCGAAAAACUUUUUGAUGAUCUUCAAAGUCUUUUCCAACAAGUUCUCGAAAAGCGAAAGUAUCGGUUUGCCCAUGGCAAUGCUCCGACUGUGAAAUUUAGGAGAGUCUAAAUUAGAGUUGUUGGAAUCCCUAGCGAUUGAUAGCUCAGCAAUUUUCUGAUGGUGGAGAUUGAGGCUGAUGAAGUUGCGGUUUUGCAAAAAAUAUGUAUGAAGAUAGCUGCUCGUUGCUGGGCGUUUUAGCCAAGAGAAAUUACAUCGGUGUCUUGAAAUUAGCGGAA